UUUGAGAUCUGAAGUCAGCGGUAAAGCAUGACAAACCAAAAUGGCGGCUGUUUCGAGCGUAGUGGACAAGUUGGUUGAGAAGUUGCAUUUACUACGAUGUUCGUCCGUAGAAUCGGGUUCCACUUCGGAACAGCAAGUCUAUAUCACACAUAUGACGGUUGGACAGGAAACAAAUGUGUUGACAACCGGGGAAACUAGUGGAUCUGUGAGAAUCCACAAUCUCGAUGAUCUAAGACCAUUAGGAACUAUAAAACAAUCGAAGAAGCCAGUGACAGGUUUAUCUGUUUCAAGAGCAAAUGAAAAGUUACUUUGGACCACCAAUGCAGAAGACAAAAUGAACUGCUGGGAUUUGCGAAAGGACAUGAAAACACCCAUCUUUACACUCACAAGUCCCAAUGGCGCAUGCUACACCACAUGCGAUAUUAACUGUUCUGGGGACAUGGUUGCUGCAGCUACUGAGCCAUCUGAUGAUGACGUUUGUAUCUAUGUUUGGGACAUACGAUUGCCAGGUUCUUCACAGACUGGCAGUAAUGUUUUCCUCUCAAUCACUGACUCACAUAAGGAUGAUAUCACCCAGGUGAAGUUCCACCCGAGCAAGUCAAAACAGUUGGCAUCUUGUUCUACAGAUGGACUUGUGUGUCUGUUUGAUGUUUCAUCAGCAGAGGAGGACGACGCCCUGCAGUGGGUCUUGAACUCUCAGUCGUCUGUGGCAAGGAUAGGCUACUACGGUGAACACAAUGAAAAGUUGUACUGUAUAACACAUGUAGAGACGCUACAACUGUGGGACACAGAGCAGGCACAAAUUUUAGCUGACUUUUCGGGUUUAAGAGAAACUCAAUGUGGUUCACUCCCUGUGGAUUAUCUAAUAGACUGCAUGUAUCUUCCUGACAGAAAUAAACUUCAUCUUCUCAGCGGAACACACUCAGGUCAGCUGAAAAUCUUUGAUGUACAGAGAGAUGGAAUCAUGAGUUCUGGUUUAUCUUCUGAGGGACACAGAGCGACCGUCAGGUGCCUUGAUUAUCACGUGAAGAGCCGGCGUAUCAUCACGAGCGGAGAAGACUCCAACAUCUGCCAAUGGGAGGUCCCCACAGAUAGCCAGGUGAUAUCGCCGCAUUUUGUCGAAAAAGAAGAAGUUACAGGCGUCCGUAAGACUACACAAGAGACAUCCAGCAGACCGAGGGCAAAGCCAUACGAGAGACCCUUAGCAAGCGACAAGUCUAGGAAGAGAUACAAGUAGCUAAUCUUACCAGAAGCAUAAAAGUGCAGUUUUCCUGGAAUUGUCCUGGACUCGUCAGGCUAUGGUGGCGUUUGAUGGAGCGUGACGAGUCCAGACGGCCACGAGGCUCUGACGCUGGUGCAGUUGUGUAUUUGGAACUGUAACUGUUAUUGUAUUUGCUCGCUUAAUAAAUUGUAAAAAACAGGACUUUUACAAGUUUAAACAAUUAGCGUAGUAGUCAAAAAAAGUAGAGAGCUCGAGAAACAAUGUACUUUUGACAUUGGCACUUGAACUUCGUGUUUACCUAAAAGCCUGUAAAUACAUUUCAAAAUGUGCGACUUUUCUCUUGAGAUGCCCGACAA